AUGAAGUUGGACUGUUUUCUCAUGGGCUGGACUCCCUACCUUUUCCUGGCUGUGCUCUGGGCAGCCCCGGUGCUACUGGCCCUGCCCCUUUCAGCUGCCAGUCUUGAGAAGGUUCCAUGUGAAGAGCUCAUAGCCCCGGGAUCUGUCAGCCUCCAGGACAGCAACGGCCACCCAGACGAGGACGAGUGGACUGGCCCAAAGGAAGAUGGCUUCCAGAUCAAAGGCUACACUUUCAGUGAACCUUUCCAUCUAAUCGUGUCCUACGACUGGCUGAUCCUCCAAGGUCCUUCCAGGCCUGUGUUUGAAGGAGACUCACUGGUUCUGCGCUGCCGAGCCUGGCAAGAUUGGCCAUUGACCCAGGUCAUCUUCUAUCGGGACGGCUCAGCCCUGGGUCCCCCUGGACCCAACCAGGAAUUCACCAUCCCGGUGGUGCAAGAAGCAGACAGUGGACACUACCACUGCAGUGGUAUCUUCAGGAGUCCUGGUCCUGGGAUCCCAGAAACAGCAUCUUCUGUGGCCAUCAGCGUCCAAGAACUGUUUCCAACCCCGGUUCUCAGUGCCACACCUUCAACUGAGCCCCAAGAGGGGAGCCCAGUGACACUGAGCUGUCAGACAAAGCUGCCCCUGCAGAGGUCAGCCACACGCCUCUUCUUCUCCUUCUACAAGGAUGGUAACACCCUACGCAGCAGGGGCCUCUUCUCAGAAUUCCGGAUCCCUGCAGUUUCCUCAGAGCACUCUGGGUCCUACUGGUGUGAGGCAACUACUGAGGACAACCAAGUGUGGAAACAGAGCCUUCAGCUUGAGAUCAGGGUGCACGGGUUCUCCGGUUCGGCUGCACCUCCCGUCUCGACCUCAGCUCCUCAGAAGCCAACUGCUUCAGAAACAGCUUCUGCAGAGUCCCCGGGACCUCUGCCUCCUCCGACCACCCCUUCUCCCGAGGACCCAUGCUUAGCCUCUCCUCUGGUGGUGCCAGACCCCCACCUCCAUUACCAGAUGAGCAUUCUUCUCAAAUAUGUGCAGGAUGUGAGAGCUCUUCUUGGACACCUAGUGACAGAGGUGAGGGACUUGUCUGGCCACCGGAAGCCCGAGACCCCAAAGACUGCUGUCAAACAAAAGUAA